CGUCGCGUGAAAGUGGCGUGUCGCAAGUCGACAUGAAAGCUGGAAUAAUUGGCAAACAGCAAAUAUCGAACUCGUGAUGGAAGCAGUUGGGACAGUCCUGCAUGUGGUCGGUAUUGCCACGAAAUACAAUUGAAGCAUUUGCGCCUGGCCGAAUUUAUAUCAUACAACGCGACAACGACAGCUGCAGACAUGAGCUACUUCCCUUCACUGGACAAGUGCCUGACGGGCGAAUCCCAACUGAUCGGAUGGCGCCUAGCAUACAUAGCUUUGCGCGAUAACGUGGAUAACAAAAACCUGCACGAUUUCGUGAAUGAUCCGGACUCUCUCUCCUGUCUGAGAAAUUGUCUGGAUCCACUACCCCGGCCUUCCCCCAAGAGCGCAGGGGAUUACGAAACAAAGAUAGCUCCAAUACAUGUCACUCAAGCGGCGGAGAGCGAGUUAGACCUUGACGAAUUGAAAGAGGAUGCGAAAUGGCUAUCGAAAGAGCUACAGAUAGAGGAGCUUGGUGCUCUGCGGCUGGCGAUUGUCGAGCAUCAGUCUAGGACGAAUGCGAGCCUGACUGCAGGCACACCAGCAAUUUCCCGCGCCGCGAAUUCCGACGAUUCCAAUACGGCUAGAUCUGGAGAGCAAUCAAAAGAAGGAAAGAAGUUGACUCAGGAAACUCGACGAGCAGCGCUGCUGAAUACAUUCCUUGUUGAGCGCUCGCACAUCUUGAAAUUAAGCGCACAUCUUGCUGCUCGUUGCGCAGUCAGUAGAGGAAGAGGUUUAGGCUCGCGACCUGGUGCAGUGCAAGCAUCAACAGCACAGCCAGUGUGGAUCGAUGAGCUUGGGCAUGAUCUUGCAAACGACCGUUGCAGUGGUCAAACUCCUUCUGGGCUCGCCAAUUUCUCUCACAAGGUUAUCGAGAAGAUCGGCACUGUUCUCAACACGGCUGAGGACACGAGCGCUUGGCCAAAAGCAAUUGUCGAUAAUGGCCUACAGGAAUCAUUCGUGAGAGCACACUUAUCGGACAUCGUCUGCUUACUCCAACUGCUGCUCUCAAGCCUGUACAGCUUACACGGAGUUCCUCCUCACUCAUUGGUGACAUCUUGGUUCGUGUUGAUGAAGAGGAUCGAGUUCCUGCAGAACAGCAGACCGAUCUUCGCAGCAGCCGGACUCGAUGUUUCCACGGCACAGCUGCUUAUUUCUGUAAUUUCCAUCGAAAUACUUCGCGCGGAGGGGGUCAUUGCGGAAGUCUUGAGCGCCGUUGGUCCGGACGAUCGUUCAGCAGAGAACAUUACAUAUCUCGGGGACGCAGAAUGUCUAAGAUCGAUCAACGAGGCGUUCAAAGAGAGCGCAUCUCUAGGCCUGAGCCUCGCGGCGCCAGCUCUUCUCGCUUGGAGCGCUGUCACCGCUGUAAUACAAGAAAUUUCCCGAUUGCACCAAGAUCCAAGUGCAGAUGAUGCAGGCCAACUGUCAAAGCGCAAUCCGGGCCCUCUGGCGUCCGACAUCGAGAAGGCAACCGAUAUCUUGAGUCGAAGCGUGCCCGAGACUAUCGAUGAUCCGUCUCGAUGGUUUGCCAUGGCAGCCGUUGAUGGUCUUGGCGUGAUGAGCGUCAUCACCAUGCUCGCGUCGACCCUAGGAGCUCUGUUCGGUUCCGCAUCCGAUGCACCCGUAACAUACAUCAGCAAGGAGACAUUGUUUGAGGCGCUCAAGCAUACCGUGACCUUGGUACAAUACGGUGGCGAGAUCCUGGAAGCCUUGCUCGCGCUCCUCACGCCAUGCGGCAAUAGCGAUGCCGCUCGAUUACAUUCGGAGAUCCUCGCCGGUCGGGUAUUGUCUGAUCAGAAUCAGCUUCGUCCGGCUGUACUUGAGCAAGCCAUGGCCCGGUAUCCGUACGAGUCCUCGCCUCUAAUACGAUUGCUUGCAGCUCUCGCAAGUGCAAGGAAUGAAACAGGUCAAGCAACCGAUUUGAAUGUGAUAAGCCUGCUCGAUAACCUGCAAAGCUUUACCGUCAUGGUACCUGAGGGAUUCAGCUCGUACCAGUUGGAACACGAAAACAUGAACAGCAACGAGAUGAUGCUAACAGAGCAUUUGCCGUUGUUCAUGCCACGACAGGGAUCCUUUGCCUGGAACUCAAGCGCGUCGCAUCUUAAAGCCAUAGCAGGGGCCGAAUCGAUAGAAAAUGACUCGACCGUCAUUGUCGUUGCGGGCACCACAGGAACCAUCGUCAAGGAGCCCAGGCCGUUCGUCUUCAGACUCAAUCAUCAGCACUCAAGCCUUGAGUAUCUUGGUCUCAUGCUGCACACCUUCAUGCCCAACAGUACGCAAAUACCUGCUGCACCCGGCGCAUAUCUCGAUCGCGUAGGUGCUGCCGAGAUCAUAGAUUUGUUUGUGAGCCUUCUCAAAGCGGUUCUGCGGGACCAGCAAGACCAUGCGGACGCACAGCAUCUUCUGGGUCGACUGAGCAAUGCACUGCCUGACCAACUCGACAUUGUUAGCAUCAUCGCCGAGAUCCUCGAGGCAGAGCUCAUAGGCUUUCUUGAUCAAAACCCCCAAGACGGAUCUUUGGAACUCGCGAGUGCAUGUACUGAGUUCUUCUACGUCCUCGUCAAACUGUCACCGGAGCGGGUCUGGUCGACAAUGGCACGUAGUAGCUUGUUAGGAGUGGUAGACGGCGCCGCUUCCCUGGGAACAGUUGUUGGUAGCUGCGAAGCUCAACUAGGACGCUAUCGAUUCCUCACUGCUUGUGUUCAACUGCAUACCAACUUACUAGAGAAUGCCAUCAAUGGGCUCGUCCGACGCAAGUCAAGCACUCCAAGGGCAAAGGCUAACCGUUUCGAAGACACCAGAGACUUGCGCGAUUCGACGCCUGAGAGGACAAUGAGCGCUGUGCUUUUGGCGUUCCAAAAAAUUCUUUUCGACGUGCUUCAAAACAUACCCGAGUGGAAGUUCUCAGUGCCGACAGAACGAAGCGAGAUUCUAGUGCUCAUCUCUACGUCAUUUUCGAAGUUACUAACGUGUGCUUAUGGGGUUGGGCGAUCUGGCCAGGAUUCACUCACAGUACCAGGUGUACUGGCCAGCGCGGCCAGUGCUUUGCGUGAUUCCUGCGCGCCAGAUACUGGCCCGAGCCCCGUAACAGAGAUAGUAACCCGGCUCCUUCCUGAUGGGCUUUUGGCAGCGGAAGACACCAUUCCAACACAAGUACAGGCAAGUGUCGUCGGGCAAACGAACUCACUGUUGGACUUUCUCAAUGUAGUGAUUCGUUCUGCCCAAGACGUCCGAAGCAGCUCUGAGAGCGAGCGAUCUGGUGUGUCGAUUUCAAGAAGCAAGAUCUCUGUUGGCUCAAGCGCAAUAUCAUUGGCCACAGAUCUAAUGAAAACCAUGCCGAUGAUGGCUGCUCUCUUGGCCACCGACCAUCGAUACAGGGUUAAGAUAUUUCAACUUCUUGCUGAAAUUGUCCUGAUCACGGCAUCCGGCGAAGCCAGUCCACCUUCACUUCUCGGGUUUCUAGAAAGGCAUACAGCCAAUCUGUUCCUGACCAUGGUGACACGUCUCGACCGUCCUCUGGCAGACGCUUUCUGCGAACGGAAAAUUUGGGACUUCUUCUCAGCAGUCAUGGCCGGCAAGCAGCAGUGGUUUGGCAUUUUCCUUUUAUCUGGCAGUCUACCUAAAGCACGAGGCCAAGGUGGAGAGCCAGAAAGGCUCAAGGGCAAGACGGUGCUGACCUAUGCGCUGGAUCAGUUGUCGAACAUUGCGAACCUCGCCCCCGAACGCGCUCUCGGCAUGCUGAAGUUCCUCGCUCUGGCCCAGCAAACAUUAGUCUGGUCGACACAACAACUACGAAAUCAUCCAGAAUUCCUUAGAGCAACCGUUUCAUGGCUAGACGACCUGAAAGGUGUAUUCAAGGAACCCGCAGUAUCGAGCGACGCUCAGAUUCGUCGAGCUUCGGAAUAUGAAAUGGCCGCGUACCUCUGCGACGUACUUGCAAUCAAUGUCCACGCCAGUCUAGAGACGGGCAACAAGACGAUUUUACGAUACCUCAUUCCCCGUUUGACAUUCCUCCGCGACUAUGGUGUCGCUGUGGAUGGUUACAACAGAUCUCUCCACAAGAACCUCGCGGACAACGUUUCUCGAAGGUUCCCACAAUGUUAUAUUAGCAGCUUCCGGCGGUCGUCAGUUGCACCCGUGAACUAUGGACCAGAAUACUUCUACCACCGAGACUUUGCUGCUAGUGUUCUAGGAUAUGAUUCAUCCUGGUCCGGUGGCUCUGGCAGCGGAAAUGGAGGAUUCGUCAACGAGUUUGCUCGUGCGAACAUCAACAUGAGUCUGGUGCACGCACAAAUGCAGCUACUGAGAAGUUGGAAAACAUUGACAACUACCCUGUGCGAAUGCGCAGAUGCCGAGCCGACGCUUCACACUGCAGCUGCAAAGGUAGCAGAGAAAUGUCUAUUCGCCAAUUCUCAAGCACAACUCGAUGAACCAUGCAUGGCAGAAGCGCUCGAGUUGAGACUGGAGUUGGCUUUCAUCAUCGCAUCGCGGCUAGUCGCGCUGCAAGUCAACGGCCCUUUCAUGAAAGAUCUGCUUCCAGCGGCUUGGGAACUUCUGGUGCGAUCGCCGGUCGAUUACGAAGUCGCUACUGCGUUAGAGGAUGUGCAAUAUUACCGUCGUCUCCUUCAGGUGCUGUAUCUCGCGAUUCAGCCGCACACGUAUAUGACAUCCGACAAAUCCGACCAGGCGGCCAACAAGGAGGCAAUGGAUUUCCUGCCCGCUAGUACCUCAACGCACCUGGUGAAUAUUGCUAGCAAAGUUAUCGCACCUGGAUUCCGAGCGCUGUGCGCUGACCUACACAGCAAUGUGCGUCUGGCACUGCCAGGUGAUUUUGCGCUCCUCACAGCUUUACUGCAGGCCAUUGUGUCGGUGCCCGGUAUUGGCUCAAUACAGACGCUCCUCGCGGACGUUGUCGCUGGCUCAUCCAUGAUCCGAGGUGCUUUGAGCCUUUAUUCCUGGUCAGAUCAACUAGCGGAAGUGACGGACUCCGAUCCUGUGUAUGGCGAGAUCGCAAUCAACUUCUUGCUCGCCAUGUCGACCAUACGACCCAUUGCAGAGCAAUUGGCUCUAGAUGGCGUGCUGGUUCGACUGUCCGCUGCCAACCUUUCGAACUACUUCCGCAAACCAAACGGUAGAGGUCCAUUCGACGAGCCUAUCCGCAUGUUCUCGAUAUGGACUGAGGGGUUCCUUCCCCUUUGCCUCAACCUCCUCGAUGCCGUGGGUCCACCGGUGGCCGCCGAGCUCGCCGUUUUCCUCAACACGUUCCCGGAGCAACUCCAGCGGGUCGUCAAAUCAUUUGACAACGAGCAGCCGAGUCUGCGCAACCCACACGGCGGAGCGAUCACAUUGAGCAUGGUGUCAGAAGCGAACAGUCUAUCCAUGAUUGCAAUGAUUGUCAGCUCGGAUAUUGCCCGUGGCGCAGCAGAGGGCAUUAACGCGGCCGAUAUUCCCCAGCUCGCGUUCGACGUCGCUUCAGUCAAGGCCAAAGUAGAAGGGCUAUGGCGGAACAAGCGCGUUCUGCGAGAGCGCAUCACUGCCACCAGCAGCCUCGAGGCAAGAUGGCAAAGGACACCUACUUCCGGCGCAUUUCAGAACGUGUUGGAAGGGAAAGUGAUGAAGGAGAUUGCAAGCAUGUUGGCUUGUUUGGGCGUCGAGGUCACAGAGUAGCUACUGGGACUGUGCUGUACGGAGUAUGGUGCUCCGGAGAUUUGAACGUUUGGCCCAUAAUAUAGAAGAUCAAGUCUUUGAGCGAGGCGUUGAGGGGCAAAAUGGAUUGCGAGGUCAUUACCUUUUGUACUGGAUCAGUUCGCCCGAUCAUGAUUCAUUGAUAGAUUAUUGUUCACUCUGAUCUCAUUCCCGAUCAGCAUUGUUUUAUUAAACGGUGCUUUUAGCGGACAUGUGUGUACUAUUGUCCGCUCUUUGCAAGAUGCGUAGCUCUGUGAUUUUCAUGUUUUCAUACCGGAGCACACUCAUUCUUACUAUAGCAUCGAUGUCCGACAUCCCCAAUGGCCGACCA